UAAAUGAAUCUAUAUAUUUUUUAAUUUUAGUUUCAUUAUAACUAUUGUAUAUUUAUAGUAUAGUUAAAUUAUAGAGAAACGUAGACUGAUAUUGCGCUGCACAAGUGUCUUAACUACAAUAGGUUGUUAAAAAUGAAAAUAUAAUAAAUAAAUAAAUGUAAGUGAUAUUUGGCAAUAUAUGUUUAUGAUUAACGUAAUUAAAGUAUUGUAAAAAAGUGAAUAAUAAUAAUGCAGUCAACUUGCCAACCACAUCAGCCUCAACAACAAAAUGCUACUUCAGCUAAUAAUCGUACUUCCUUUUUAAUUGAGGAUAUUCUCAGUCGUGGUAGUGUUGACUCUUCUGGGCAUAAUCAUCCAGGUCAAUUGCAUCAUCAACUAACAUCAGUACAUAAUCAACAUCAUCAACAAUAUCAACAAUUAACUAGUUUUUUACCAGGUUAUCCUGCUGGACCACCAGCCGCAGCCUUUUUUCUUGGACCUCUUUUUAGUACCGCGAGUAUGGGUGUUGGUAUCGUUCCAAGCACGGGCGAGUACUCGGCUUUAAAAAAUUGUCGCCGUCGGAAGGCCAGAACUGUUUUCAGUGAUCAACAACUCGCUGGCCUGGAAGCUCGGUUCGAAGCGCAAAGAUACUUGAGCACACCAGAGAGGGUAGAGCUUGCGGCAGCACUCCAUCUAUCAGAAACACAAGUUAAGACGUGGUUUCAAAACCGACGGAUGAAGCAUAAAAAACAAUUAAGAAAAAUUAAUAACAGUAACAAUAGUAGCAAUCUUUCAAAUGGACAUCAGAGUGGGCAAUCAUCGUCGGCGAUGUCACCAGCAGAAAGACCAGUGGAUUUUUCGUUAAACGCUGGCAGAGAAUCACGGGCAAGCAGUGAUGCGGUGAUGGAUUCAGAUUCAGAUGAAAUCGACGUUCUUGGUGAUGAAACUCCGCUGCCUGUCCAAACAUCAACACUCAAUCAGCCGGUAAAGCGUUCGUCUUCAUCUCCUUUAAAUUUCCAUCGGUCUUUACAUUCGACUGUGAGUUUGGCGUAUCAAUCGCCUCAUCAAAAUCAGACACUUCAAUCCCGUAUUCAUCGCUGAGAAAAAAGUUAUGUAAAUUUUUAUUUUUAGUUUUUAAAAACGGUAUUCACAUUCGAAAAUGUCUCUUUAAACUGAUUGAAUGCUAUGGAUAAUUAAUUUCUAUUUAACAAUAAAAUUUUUUCGUUAAUUAGCAUAUACAUCAAUCAAAUUAUUAACGAAAGCCCAAUUUACUGCAUUAUUAAUUUUUAUCUGAAUAAAACACUAUAUUUCAUCUCAA